AUGACAAUGAAUAUAUCUAAUUUUUUCACGCGUACGACAAAACGACGUAAACGAACAAGACUAACAACAUUCUCAUUAAAUUUAAAUCAGACAGAUUCUUUCACAACAAAAUUUAGUCGUAUAGGUGGUCCAUUAGUAACACUAGUCACAAAUAAUCAAUCAUUGUUAACAAAUUUAACUCGAUCCAUCGAUGAGGAUGGCAGUGGAGCCGAUAUUAUACCAGCAUCAUUUUUUCAUCAAUAUAAAAUCGCUCUUAUAUUUGGUUUAUCAUUUCUUGGCCUGUUAUUUCUAUUAUCCAUAUUAUUUUUGUUAUUCAUAUAUUGCUAUAGACACAAAGGAAAUAAUCGAAAACGUCUAAUAAAUAAUAAACAUAUUGAUUUAGGUCAAUUUCAAGAUUUUUUAGCAGAUCAAAACAAUAAUAGUACAAAUAACACUUUAUUGUUGACUAAGCCAGUUGUGGAUAAUGAUGAAGACGUAGAUGGUACCCAUGAACAUACACAGUUAAUAAAACCAUCCGAUGUAGAGAAUUCAAGUGGAACAUUAUCAUUAGGACAACAAAGAAAGAUUAACAAAAUGAAUAAUCGAGAUGAUAAUACAAGCAUCGAUACACUGAGAGGAAGUUUAACGUCAUCAUCGACAGCGGCUAAUGCAGCCAUAGCAUCAUCACCAUCAUCAUCAAAUAAUAACGAUCUAUCCCGUUCAAAAUUUAAUGCCAAUGUACUACAUUCGCCAACAAAAACAUCUGAACACGAACAUGAUGCAGAAAAAGAUGAUGAUUUAUCAGCAUUAGAUUUACGUUCUAUAUAUAUUCAAAAUAAACCACAUAUGAAAUCUAAUGGUUCAACAAAUAUUAAACGUACAUCAGAUAGUGCAAUAGCAUCAACGAUAAGAAAACAAACCGAAACGGCUGAAGAUGAAGAGAGAAGAUUAUUGCAUGGAUCAAAACCGAAUAUAUACGAAGAUGAAAUAAGAAAACGUGAAUUAAAUCAACAGCAUACAACAUCUCAAAUGUCAAUUAAUUCAUUAACUAGUGAGAAAAGUUGUUAUUAA